AUGGGACCAGUUUCUCUUCUUCCCAAAUAUCAGCAAUUAAACCCUUGGAAAGGCGAUUUGGCCAAGAUGACCCAUUUACAGGCUGGACUCAGUCCAGAGACUAUAGAGAAAGCUCGCCUGGAACUGAAUGAAAACCCAGAUAUUUUACACCAGGAUAUUCAGCAGGUCAGGGACAUGAUCAUCACCAGGCCUGACAUUGGAUUUUUACGCACAGAUGAUGCCUUCAUCCUGAGAUUUCUCCGAGCCAGGAAGUUUCACCAAGCAGAUGCCUUCAGACUCCUGGCCCAGUACUUUCAGUACCGCCAGCUAAACUUGGACAUGUUCAAAAACUUCAAGGCUGAUGACCCGGGCAUUAAGAGGGCGCUCAUCGACGGGUUCCCUGGAGUGCUGGAAAACCGCGACCACUAUGGCAGGAAGAUUCUCCUGCUGUUUGCAGCCAAUUGGGACCAGAGUAGGAACUCCUUCACAGACAUCCUGCGGGCCAUCCUGCUGUCCCUGGAAGUCCUCAUUGAAGACCCGGAGCUUCAGAUCAACGGGUUCCUUUUAAUCAUAGACUGGAGCAAUUUCUCCUUCAAACAAGCCUCCAAGCUGACACCGUCCAUCCUCAGACUGGCCAUCGAAGGGCUGCAGGACAGCUUUCCCGCCCGCUUCGGAGGCGUCCAUUUCGUCAACCAGCCCUGGUACAUUCACGCCCUGUACACACUCAUCAAGCCAUUCCUUAAAGACAAGACCAGGAAGCGGAUUUUCCUGCACGGGAACAAUUUAAACAGCCUCCACCAGCUCAUCCACCCGGAGUUCUUGCCCUCCGAAUUCGGGGGAACCCUUCCUCCUUAUGACAUGGGAACCUGGGCCCGGACGUUACUCGGUCCCGACUAUAGCGAUGAGAACGACUACACGCACACGUCCUACAACGCGAUGCACGUGAAACACACAUCCUCCAACCUGGAGAGGGAGUGCUCGCCCAAGAUGAUGAAGAGAUCUCAGUCUGUGGUAGAAGCUGGGACCCUGAAACAUGAGGAGAAGGGAGAGAACGAAAACACUCAGCCACUCCUGGCUCUGGAUUGA